UGCGAAUGUCAGAAUGAGGUGAGAACAAAAGCAAAAGCUAGAAUAAGUGAAAAUAUUGACGACGACAGCAAUAGAAUUGGUGCAGAAAUUAAAAUCCACAGAAGCGAUUAGAGUUAACUUUAACUGGGCCACGGAGCACCAACUGGACAAAUAAAACGUAAGAACAACACAAAACGAUAAUAAAGAGCUGUCGCCACAGUACAAUCAACUGAAAAAACAACGUAAUAGGUACACCAAAGACUUGCCAAUAAAUUAAUGGUGCCACGAAGUAGGUGGAGCAAUUGAAAACCGCAAAUAAUUCGAUAGAUUAUAAAACUGAAGUGCGCAAAGUGGAGCAGUGUUUGUGAGAAAGUAAACAGGCAACACUACUGAAAACCAAAAAGAAUGUCGUCCGGCGCGGGUGAUGAGCUAACAAAUGAGCCACGCGUGGCAGAAAUAGCCGCUUCCAGUAUUCGUUCCGGUCUAGCUGAACUCGAAUUGAGAUCAGCGCAAGUACUACGCGGUUUGGAGAAUGUCAAAACAGCGGCGCCAGUUGAAGAACCAGAAAGUGGCAGCCACGAUGCUGUUGAUGGCAACAAUGCAAACGUGCCGAACACACCAAACGAUAUGGCGACUACAGUAAAGCACACAACACUAUUGCACAGCGACUGCAUACCACCAGGCGACAUAUUGAAUUCACUGGAAAAUCUCAUAGCAUACUCCGACUCAAAUAACGAUCCAGAAUUUCCGCUACCCGGCCUCGAUGAUGUAGCACAAUUGGCGCUCAUCUCACACAGCAUCGUGGCCUAUCUGACGCACUUGGAUCGUCAGCAUUUGGUACGCGUGUCGAGCAGCAUUGCCGGCGAUACCACACGCUGGUUAGGUGCACUCUUCCGUUUUCUCGAUCCGGCCAGUAGUUUUCACACAGACAAUGCUGACGCUAUACUACGCGCUGUACGUUUAGCAAUAGUUGCACGUUGUCCCGGCUAUCUAGAGGGUGGCAUACCGGCAUUGGCGCAACCCUGUUUCUACAUCUCGGAGAAUAUAACGCCACUGCGCCUGCAAUUCGCUUGCCGUCAGUUGGGUAUACCAUUGGAUGCGAUACGUUUGAUACCGGCCAAUAGCACUUUCGGCACAAUGGAUUUGUCGAUGCUGCUUAAACAAGUACAAGCCGAUUUGAGUGCAAAUCGUACACCACUACUAGUGGUAGCCGAUGUUGGUGCAUCGCUGAGCGGUUACGUGGAUAAUUUGCAACGCAUGAGUGACAUCUGCCGUACGCACAAUAUAUGGUUGCAUGCCACCGGGCAUGCUUUGGCGGCGUUGGCAUGUGCACAGGGACCAAAUACGAUCAGUGACAUUGUUGACUCAAUUGUUUUGAAUUUGGGCAGUUGGUUGGGCGUGCCAAGCCUACCGAUUGUGCUACUGCAUCGCCAAUUGCAAAACACUGCAUUGGCCGCAUUCGAAUCGGAUCCAAUAGUGUCGCGUCGCCUACAUUCGCUUUCAUUAUGGACUAGUCUGCAAGCGCUUGGACGUGAUGCGAUAGCGGAACGUAUACAUGUUGCAUUUCAAACGUGUAGUAUACUCUUCGAGAUCACUUCCAAGUGUGAGGGUAUGCGUGUAGUGAGUCGUGCCCCAGGCGGCCAAUCAGGCACUACACUUAACGAUGUCAUUAAUAAGCCGCUAGACGCUAAUUUGCUUUUCGAGACCGUUGCACCGGUUGUUGUAUUUCAAUUCGAUGGCAGUACAACUAUAGCUACAGUGGGCAAAACCGAUAACGAACAUUUGAAUGCAUUGGAGCGCAAUGGCAAGACAUUGGAGAAGGUUGACAAUGCCAUCUACUUUGAUCGCUUGAAUUCGUGGUUGGGACAAUUGCUGCAACGUGAUUGUCCAAAUUUCGAUUUCGAAAUCAUUGAACAUCCUACACAUGGCACUUGCAUACGUUACUGCCCCUUGGAAUUGGGUUUGGGCGAGCAGUCCCCCACUUCAGAGAAUUUAGAGGGUUUCGCACAGUAUCUCGAAGGCAAUGUUGAUAUUUUACGUGCAACCAUUAAGCAUAAAGCGUCGUUUAUUGAGUCGGUUGAGAAGAGUGAUGUGUUGCGUUUGGUCGAACUGCCAGAGUGGGCCGGUAUGGGCGGUGUGCGUUAUGUGCCCGAGGGUUGGGAAUCCAUACUCACGGAUCAAGCCAAAACUGAAUUAAAUAAGCUAAAUGUCGAUCUCGUAGAAGCAUUGAAAUCAACUGAUAAUGCCUUCUCGCUGGGCGAGGGUGCAGAUGGUAUGAUUUGUGUACGCUUCGGUAUGGUUACGCAUGAAACGGAGGUGGAUGAGCUAUUGGAUUUAGUUGUUUCAGUGGGUCAGAGUAUACAGGAAAAUUCGAGAGUAUUAGAUACAAUGUCGGAAAUUGUAAAGAAGGGCAUCGAGGCUGCCACUGCCGAUUUAUUGCGCGAAACCGAGGAGAAAAUGUGGCAAGAAGGCAUAUUGAGACAUGUACCAGUUGUAGGGCGUGUGUUUAAUUGGUGGUCACCACCACCUAAAGAGGCGGGUGGUAUCAAAGGUCGCAGUCUAAAUCUAACACAAGGCAUAGUCGAAAGCACAGAAAAUAUUUACAGAUAUCACAUGCAAAUGUCGGGUUCUCCACAUCAAAUGGGACGUUCGCCACCCACACCGAUGGUACAAACACCUGUUAUUUCGGCGAUCAAUACAGUACCGCCUGUCUUUCCGGAGGCAGCAACACAAGUACAAGCGCCACAACAACAAUUGCAACAACAGCAAUCACAAUAUUCAAAUUCGAAUAGUGUCAAUGAGGACAGCGACAAACAUACACGCAAUAUUAGUCAAAGUAGUAAUCAUUCAUCGGUGCCUGAGUUAGUGCCCGUCAAUGCGAAUGUAAUUGUGAAUACAAAUCCAAUUAAUAACGGCAAAUAAAUAUGUAGGAUUUAAGUACAUUUCGAAUUAAAAGUAACGUGAUGCAGUAGCAGCCCAAGUUGCUAUCGAUUAAAACCGGUGUGUGACACUGAAACAAAUUAAUGUGCUUAUCGUAGUUAUUCGUGAAAGAAAGCAUUUUUGUAUUUUUGGCAAAAUUGUGCUGAAUAAAACAUAUAAUAUUUAAAUGGCAAUGGGGAGCAACGAACUCAUGAAAGUUGUUAAGCAAACAACAGUGCAAUUCUUCAAGUUCUACAAUAUUUGAAAUUAAAAAUUCUGUACCCGGAAGGUCCAAUAUGAUUGGUGCGUUAAAAAAUCGUUAAGAAAAUAUAGAUCGCAUAACUUUUGUAAUGUAUUAUCAACCAAUAUUAACAUGUACACGCAAAUGAAUGUAUAUUCUAUUAUUUAAAAAAAAUAUUCUCCACACUUUUAUGUCAUUUAUUCUUUUACAUGUAACAUAUUUUAAUUUAAUUUUGUAAUUGAAAUAUUAGAAAUCAUAGUAUUUUUAAGAAGGGUUUUAAGAAACUCUAGAAGUAUGUACAAUAAUAAGCGUUACAUAUUUUAAAAUUCGAUGAACUUUGCUCACAAAGGCGAAAAUAACAUAUAAUUCCCAUUUCAAUUGCUUUACGCUAUACGUACAUUAAAUCAUUCCUUUCAAUUGCAUUAAGGACUAAGCAAAUUCGAAAAUAUAAAACGGUUUCUUUAGAACAAGUAAAAAAAUUUAAACUAGCUAUCCAGCAAAUGUUAACCACGAGCUUAGCUAAGCUAGUAAAACUUUUACGCUGUUUCGAUUGUGAUUUCAUCUAUUCCUUUUAUUAUACCUAUUAUUAAAUAUGUAUUUGUAUUUCAUUACUGUUAUACUUUAUUGUAAUUCACAAUACUUAAUAUGCUUUGUUUCUUAUUAAAAUUAAGUCAUUUUAUGCUAUAUAUUCUUCCACGCUCUGCGAAGAAAAAAAACACCAACAACUAUUGUACUGUAUUAUAGUAAAUCAUUAUUAUUAUCUAUUUAAAGAAUAUUUAAUUAACCUACUCUUUAAAAAUAGUAAAUGAAUCAGUACGGAUAACGAAAUACAAACAAACAAUAAAGCGAAACCAUUCAGCUGAGUGUGCACAA